AAAUGAAUUACUUAGCAACCGUAUGUCAUAAAAAUAAAAUUAGUCCGCAGUUUUUUAUAAUUGCUUUACUAGUUUCAACGAUAAAUGUAUCCAAACAGAACUGCUUAUGGUAUGGCGUUUGUAAUACCGAUGCAUUAAAUCAUAACCAAUAUUGUUCCUAUAAUGGUUCAUCAAAAACAAUGCCAAAUGAAGGAAUAGCCUUGCUAAAAGAAAGGUGCAGCUUUUUAUUGGAUGAUGGUCAAACUAAAUUUUGCUGUGACACUGAACAGGUAAAAAUUUUGAACGAGAACGUUAAACUGGCUUCUGCCAUUUUGGAACGAUGUCCAUCCUGCAUGGCAAACCUUGUUCGUCAUAUUUGCGAGUUCACUUGCUCUGGAGAUCAAUCGCAAUUUGCCCAUGUUGUCGCUACAGGGCAAAACAACAAAGGGGAAGCAUAUGUAAAAUCAUUGGACAUACACAUAACAGCUGAAUACAUCAACAAGACGUAUCUUUCUUGUUCUCAGGUUUCUGUACCACAGACUGGUCAAUUAGCUUUGGAUCUCAUGUGUGGAGUGUAUCCUGCAUCACGGUGCAGCCCUACGAAAUGGUUUAAUUAUAUGGGAGACGCAAAUAAUCCGUAUGUUCCGUUUCAAAUAACAUAUGUUCAGCAUAAAACAAAUUCUUCCGAAAAUGGAUUUAUUCCUUUGAAUUCAAAAACUACACCCUGUAAUGAAGCAGUUGCGGAAUCCCUAUUCAAUGCUCCAAUGGGUCCCUAGCCAUGUUGGUAUAAAGGGCAACGAAUUUGUUGACGAUGCAGCAAAAACGGCGACUAUAUCACCCCUCUUUACGCAUUCCAAUUAUAACAAAACAGACAUAAACAGAUACAUUAAAACCCACUUCUCCACCCUAAAUACACUACUAAUUCAACAGACAUCAUGCUGGUAUCAAGAGAUA